AUGAAAGGCGACUCCAGUGCAUUGCCUUUAGAUCCUUGCAGCUGCAGUCUGCAAAGACCUAAAGGGUACACCAGAGAAGGCGCCCUUGAGAAUGAGAUGAGAGUGGAAGUGGUGAGGGUAAUGGGUGAAGAAAAUGAACUGUGGGAAUUGAAUUUGUGUUUAUUUGUACUACAUGUGGAAAAUAUGUCUUAUCCAAUUCUUACAAAUCCAAUGACGUGCACCAAGCAAACCUGCAAGAAGUUGACUGGAGGCACCGCCAAGCAUAUCACUGUCGACUUUGCGCCCUUACUCGACUUCUCUUUGAUUGGCGUUGAUUCUUUGAUCGAUCUCAGCUUCGAUGCUUCAAUCCACAUGGAUCUCAACUCCAAUCUGGCAAUGGAGGAGAUGGUUUUGGAUGAGGAGACUGGAGGAGAUGAGGUGGACAAGAUGGAUGGGAUGGAUGAUGGGAUGGUAGCUGGUGAGGUGCAGUCAAGUCACAAUGAGUGGUGUAUCGUCUGCCAGGACGGUUCAAGAUGUGCUCUCACUGCGUCAACAUUCCCAUCACUCACGCUCACACUGUCAACUGUGACAAUGUCACGUUCACAUGCAUAUCUUGCCACUUGGCAGCACAAGACCCUCAUGCAGAAGAAACAUGCACUGCCUACUUUGAACAACUUGCCAGUUUUGCCCACCUUCCUCCCAAUCUGCAGUGCAUUGGAAGUAUCUCUGCAAUCGCAGAUUUCUUCCACACCUGUGGUAUUAAUCCACCUCACGCUCAUUGACUUCGAAACUUCUGGCAGACCUUUUGAUCUCAUGUACUGCUUCCUCUCCCCCUACUUUCCACACAGAGGUAUCGCUUUCCACGAGCUCAUCUUCGACGUCAGCUCCAAGUCAAAGAGUGACUGGUACCAAGUCAAGUUUUUGGGCAUCAUCCUCAUGCCAUGGCAACUGCUCAUCAGAGCUGCCAAAGACUCUUACCUAUGGUUUUUGUCUUGUGGUGCUCUAGUUAACAAUGAGGAGUCCUUUUUGUCCUUGCAAACAGCCAUCCUUCAUCAUCACAUUACAGCUACCAUCUGCUUCAACGCCAUCCAUUUCCAGCCAACCUUUGUGGCUCCCCUUCUUCUAUCAUUUGCAGAACUUGUCCUGACUGAGUGUCUGCCAAUUCACGAAGUUUUUCUGGACAUGCUUAUGCAGUCCUACAAACUUGGCAGACACACUGACAUGUUCUUAUUGAUGACUAAUGCUGGUCAUGCCUUGGACAUCACUAGAUUCGCAUGGACCCAUUAUUUGCUUUUCUGCUGGAUUGCAGUUUGUGUGAAGGCCAAUUGA